UGAUCUUUAGUCUAUAGUUUGUAUCUGAAACUAUUGAUGUAAUGUAACGCAAACAUUGUAUGGUUUUCCUUUAUCUUCUUGCUGAUUGAAUACAUAUAAUCUUCAAAUAUUAAAUUAUAAUGGAAGUAUAGGUAAUUAGCGACAGGUGCAUAAAUAGUCAGCGAAAUGGUUGUUUCACCGCAAAGUCCCGUCAGCGAAACUGUGCAAAUAAGAAAAUCCAACAUGGCCUCCAAACAAACAUCGGUGGCUGACACGAGAGCCGAAUUAGCUGAAUUAGUUAAAAGGAAGGCUGAAGUAGCUGAAACUUUAGCCAAUUUAGAGAGGCAAAUAUAUGCCUUUGAGGGUUCUUACUUAGAAGAUACUCAACUUUAUGGCAAUAUUAUUCGAGGCUGGGAUAGAUAUCUCACAACAAACAAGAGUACUAAUUCCAAGGCAGACAAACGUAACAGAAAAUUUAAAGAGGCAGAAAGAUUGUUCUCCAAGUCUUCCAUAACAUCUAUGGCUGCAGUUAGUGGUCUUGUUGAUCCUGCAGAAGCAAAAAAUGAUAGAAACAGUGAAACAGAAUCUCAAACAAAUGAGGACUCAUCUGAUACACAAAUCAGUUCUGGAUUGAAUAUUGGAAGUUUGAACCACACAACAAUACAUGGCUCUUCUGAAAGCAUUGCAUCAAAACCAUCUGGUAAACAGCAUACAAAUGGUAAUAUUGAAAAAGCACUCAGCCAUUCUCAAAUGAAACAAAGUGCUACUCAAAAAAUAGCAACUUCAUCUGGUAUGCUACAAAAGGCUUUCAGUAGUGAUAGUAAAAUACUGUCAGUUGUUGGAUUAGAUAGCAGACCAGGCACACCUAAAGAUAAAGAUUCCAGUAUGAGCAUAAUGACCAAGGGUGAUUCCACACCAAAUGCAUUAAAACACAAAAUAUCUAAUAACAAUACUAAUGGCAACACUAUAAAAAAAAGCAACAAAAAAGCAAGACACAGAUAGUUAUUUAAGAAUGUGACAAACAAUUGGUAUAGCUUACCUGAAAACUUCUAUGUGUCUAUGAAUUAAAACAAUGUUAAAUAAAAUACU